CGCUCAGCGGCUCGGUCGCGGGAAAGACGUGAAAUUGGUACACUGUCUCCACUUCAGCAAGCUCUAUUCAUUCUCCGCCUGCUCAAUAAAUUUUUGUGCUGAGGGAUUGAAAGUGGUUGGAACACUGAGAGUAAAGACACCCAAGUGAAUGAAAUGAGCACUGGAAUUGCACGAGCACGCCUGGGAGAAGAACGAAAACAAUGGCGAAAAGAUCAUCCACAUGGCUUUUGGGCACGACCAGGUAAAAACGACGACGGCACAAUGGACUUGAUGAACUGGUCCUGUGGAAUUCCCGGCAAGACUGGGACUAUGUGGGAGAAUGCUGUUUAUAAGCUUGUCAUGCUGUUUCCUGAAGAUUAUCCAAGCAAACCACCAAAAUGUAAAUUUACUCCACCCUUAUUCCACCCUAAUGUCUAUCCAUCCGGAACCGUCUGCCUAUCUAUAUUGAACGAGGAGGAAGCAUGGAAACCCGCCAUCACCAUCAAACAGAUUUUGCUAGGUAUCCAGGACUUGUUGGAUGAUCCAAACCCAGACAGCCCUGCACAGUCAGAAGCAUAUCUUCUUUUCCGAAAGGACCGCCCGCAAUAUGAAAAGAGAGUUCGCUUGCAAGCCCAGCAAAAUAUGGCAUAGAUGCAGGCCACUUUGUAAUAGUGGCAUCGUACUUUUUGUUUGCACAACGUUAUUUCUCUUGAAAGUUGAACUCUUAAUCCCGGUAUUCCAAUACCAAUCGAUUUCCACGUAAGGAAGAUUAAGACGAUGAAAGAAA